CUCAUUACCGGUCGCAUAGCUAUGACUUCGGAAGUCAUAGAAGAUUUGUGGCUUUUUGGUUAUGGCAGUCUGAUUUGGAAACCACCACCACAUNUUCGACUUGAGAGUACCGGGCUACGUCGACGGAUACGUACGACGCUUCUGGCAGGCAAGGAGGACAACAGUGAAGAUCAUCGUGGAACUCCCGAAGCACCUGGCCGGGUUGUCACCCUGAUUGACAGAUCGCAUUGGGAUACUUUGACCGAUCAACAUUCGGAUGCUCCUCCAACGACAUGGGGUGCCGCUUAUAGGAUACCAGGACCGCAUGUGGCAGAAGUGCGAGAAUAUCUCGACAUUCGUGAGAUUAAUGGAUACAGUAUCCAGUACACACCAUUUCACGUGUCAUCGGCUUUUGCGGCUUCACACAAUCUACCAGCACCUAUCAACUGCUUGGUCUACGUAGGACUUCCUGACAAUCCGCAAUUCAUGGGUCCACAGGAUCUUGAAUCGCUUGCAGAACACAUUGUCAGGAGCAGAGGGCCUAGUGGAGAAAACAAAGACUAUCUUUAUGGGCUCGACCAAGCUCUGAUGGAACUUGGAGACGGCAGCGAAGACGAGCAUGUCCAUGACCUGGCCAGGCGCUGCCGGGAGAUUGAGUGCAGAGCGUCAAAGGAUGUUAGCAAGCAAGCAGACAGCAGCGUCAUUGGAUCCGAGCUGAAGAGAGUGGGAAGCACGGCUGAACAAGAGGAGAUUGAGAAGUGA